AUGUCUUACAAUACUAUUAUGUUUCCAAACUCUUUGGUUGAAGAGCCCCAGGAGUAUCCUUCUACACCUCAUAGGCCAGCUCUUCAAAUGCGACGUAGAGCUUCGACACAAUCAAAACAUACCAGUGUUGACACAUUUGACAAGCUAAGGCAAGAUCGAUCUGCCCGAAAAUUAGAUUCUUUUUUUGGGGAGCAUUUACCAUUGGAUGUCUGUAUUUCGGAGAUACGCAAAGAAGGACUUAAGGCCAUGCUAGAAUCAAGGGUCCCACUCUGCUAUUUCUUACUCCAUUUAAUAAACGAAUACUCUUGUGAAAACUUGUUUUUCUUUCUGGAGAUUGAACGCUAUGAUAAAAUGAAAAACAUGCCAAAGAAACAAUGGAGCACUGCUCAUCAUAUAUUUGCUGUGUACAUGACACAUAACAGUCCAUUUGAAAUCAAUGUAAAUGAUGAAGUUCGUAGCAAAGUAGUUGCUAUGAUCAGAGAUCACAAAGCAGAUCAUUGUUUUGAUCCAGCAAAAAAAGCGGUAUACGUGAUUUUGGAAUCCAGCUUUAUACGAUUCCGUGAAAGUCCAAUCUGGAAUAAAAUGAUCUCCUGUUGUGGUGAAUGGACAACAUACUAUGACAAGCAUACACGCGAAAAAGUAAUCAAUGAGCUUAUAGCAUUUCUGGAACAACAACAUAAUAGCCUAUUCAAUCACCCUCUCAUUGAUGCUCCUGUACUUGCAAGUGUACGCCAGUCUUCUAAAAACCGACUAAAGAGAGUCAAGGCAAUGAUCAGUGUCUUUAGCCAAACAGAAUUAAACAUAGACACCAAAGUCAUUCACUCAAAUACCCCUAGACCCAAGUCAUGGUCUGUGCUUGGGAUUGAUUUUUCCGUAUUAAAGAAAGGAGCUUGUUACUGA